AUGGACGGAUAAUCAUUAAACUUGCAGAAGAAACCUCCAGUAAGCGCUUGCCAUGGAGCGAAGCUACUGUAUAGAAAAUUUUCAUCUUUACCGAAAAAUAUGGAAAUUCGCCCUGGAAUUUUGCCCCGUUGCUGCUACUGCUACAUGUGCAGAAUACAGUCCCUUUUCCGUGAUGAAGGCAAUUUGUUUUUAUUUUUCUUUUUUUGUGAAGAUAUUACCAUUAAUAAUUAAUACUGGUAUCGUGGAUAUGGAUGCCAUAGCUAUAUCGUCAUGAGACUAGUGAUCCCGAGCGGGAAAGUCAUACCAGUGCAGCUUCCUCGUUCUUUUCCUCUCUAUCUCUGUGUAUGAAGACAAGAAAUGGGGACAUUGGUAAACGCAGGGACCGGGGUUCCUUCACUUCGUUGCAUUCCAACGUCUAGAACCAGAAGGACCAGCACCUCGUUCCGAAAACCCAUUGCUGGUCUGCCACUACGUUGUUUGAGAAGUAAUGGAGAUGACAAUCGCCAAGGUGAACAACGUUUUCAAGGCACAAAUAACGUGGUUAAGAUGCAGCUAACUGAAGAUGAUCAGGAUGCGAAACACCAUCAUAUUUGGAAGUUGUUCAGAGAAGCUCAGCAAAACAUUCUGUACUUAAACAAACAACGCCUUGCAGCCACAGAGGAACUUAACAAAGCUAACACAGAAAAGCUGUUGCUGCUCAACAUGUUAGAGAAAUUGGAAGCAGAAAAGCAUGCUGGUUCUGGAAAAGACAACCUGUCAAUUUGUUGGGAGUUGCUGCUUCGGAUUGAUUCAAUGGUUUUAACCAACAUGAUUUCUCCUGGAGAGGCAUCUGAAUUGAGAAGGUUGGUGAUAAAGCACAAAUUGAGUGUGGCUGAUAUUUUUACUGACAUCCCUGGAAGAAGAGACUCUGAGCUUUUGGAAGAACUUCGUCAAUUCUCAGACAGCAGCAGAAAGAAUGCUUUUCAUAUUGUUCACAUUUGCACGGAAAUGGCACCAUUAGUCUCCAGAGGAUCUAUAGCAUCAUACGUGACUGGCAUAUCUUGUGCUCUGCAAAGGAAGGGUCAUCUGGUGGAAGUCAUAUUGCCGAAGUAUGCUUGUUUGAAUCUAGAUGAAGUGCAAGGGCUGCAUGAAGUUAAGGCUGAGGCUUAUUCAUAUUUUAAUGGUCAAGUACUUGGAAACAGAGCUUGGACUGGUGUUGUUCGUGGCAUUGGAGUCACUUUGAUAGAGCCAUUACAGUGCUUAUCCCUUUUCAGCCGCGAAAUGAUAUAUGGCUACACUGAUGAUUUUGAAAGGCAAGUUUUCCUAUUUUCUCGUGCUUCACUUGACUAUAUAGUAAAAUGUGGAAAGAAACCUGAUAUUUUGCAUAUACAUAACUGGGAGACUGCCAUUGUUGGGCCCCUUUUCUGGGACUUAAUUCUUAAACAGGGUCUGGAGGGUGCAAAAAUAUUACUGACGUGCCAGGACUUAAGUAUGCAGUGUCUGGAGCAUCCAGAUAAAUUGGCCUUAUGUGGGCUUGAUCCUGCAAGCCUCCAUCGUUCUGAUCGUUUGCAAGAUAAUACAAGCACACACCUUGUCAAUAUAUUAAAGGUACGCUACUAUGCUUGUUACUGUUGAACCUCUUUUAUCUUCUCCCUGCCCACACUUUCUAUAAUUGUCCCAUGAUGGUGAAUGAAAAGUUUCCAAGACAUUGUUUUCUAGCCUUAGCUUUCUGUUGGUGUUUUUUUAAUGUAAAAGAUUCUUAGGAAACUGAGCAUAUUGGGCUAGUGUAUCAACUUGAUAAUUAUUCUUAAGUCAAGACAACCAUUGUAGUUCCCAUUUCAGAUAUCGGCAU